ACCCGUUUGUGAGGACAACCGGAACUUUAAAUUAUGUAUACAGCAAAAGCAUAUUUUUGUUCUGUUCGUUUCUAAAUUUUCGAAAGUCUGCUUGGGAGUUUCAAAAAUUUAAACGUGUCCAGGUUAUAAUGUCAAUAGAAGUCGGGGAACGCGUCAACUCAUUUAGAAGUAGGAAUGACAAAUCCUUCUCAUGUAACUAGUCUAAUGUUCUUUAUUUUUCAUACCUCCACUCCAAAGCCGACAACGAAAUAUGUCAUGAGCUUCCAAUAAAUUUCUCUAUCCGCUCAACGCUGGUUGGAUUGGCUAUAGGCACUUUAAUGUGUUUCUCCAACAUGUAUUUUGGUCUACAGACAGGCUGGAUAUCCAUGAUGUCUCUUCAAGCAUCCUUAUUAGGCUUUGCUAUUUUCAGACCUUUUCAAAACAGGCUUGCGUGCCAGUUUGGGCCAAUCGAAAACGUAUAUUUACAGACCGUCGCUGUCGCAACUGCCACCAUGCCAUUAGCUGCCGGUUUUGUCGGUAUUAUUCCUGCUCUAGGUCAAUUGACAGCUUCUGAUAAUCCUAGUGGGCCCAUCAUUUUGUCUGCCUGGAAGUUAAUGCUAUGGUCACUAGGAUUAUCGUUUUUCGGUGUAUUUUUUGCUAUUCCACUUCGAAAGCAGACAAUUAUUAAAGAGCAAUUAAAAUUUCCCUCAGGAACAGCUACAGCCCAAAUGAUUACCCUUUUGCAUGACAUACCCGAACCACAAUUGAGACAAAGAACAGGACUAAACAGAAUUCAAUUGCAGCAGCAGCAGGAAGCGCAUGAGUUAACAUCAGUCAGUGAAGACACUUCCACUAAUUUAUCCGUAAAUGAAAAUCUGGUUACCGUUGACGAACAACCUUCUGAUAUAGCAUGGUCAUUGAAGUUACAUGCAUUACUGGUAUCAUUUUCAUUGUCAUCAGCAUAUACUUUGACGUCCUAUUUCUUCCCUAUAAUAUACGCAUUGCCUGUUUUCAAUUGGAUAACUUUUAAUUACAUAGACUUUAAGGCGUGGGAAUGGUAUUUUACACCCAGUCUUAGUUAUAUUGGUCAAGGCAUUAUUAUGGGCCUUCCUACAACACUUUCAAUGCUAUUAGGAGCUUUUGUUGGUUGGGGCAUACUGUCGCCUCUAGCUUAUUUCUCUGGUUGGGCACCUGGACCUAUUAAUGACUGGAAAACCGGAUCAAAAGGAUGGAUACUUUGGGUUUCAUUGGGUGUGAUGAUAUCAGAGUCCAUUGUUUCCUUGGCAACUGUCUUAGUAAAACAGGCAUUUCUUAUGAUCAGAUCAGAACGAUCAGUUGAUACUGAUCAACAAGAAGGAUUGCUAGGAGAAUUUCAAAAUGACGAAGGGUGGGGAGAUGAUGGAAAUGAAACUCCAUCUCUACCUGCGAUACAUUCAAAAAAUGAUUUACCAACACAUCAGCAGGUGCCAUUCUAUAUGACUGUGACUGGAUUAAUUGCUUCUGUAAUACUUUGCAUAGUCAUGGUCAAAAUCGUGUUUGGGAGUGAAGUCAUGCCCAUUGGAAUGACGGUAAUAUCAAUUGUUUUUGCCAUGUUCUUGAGCGUACUAGGUGUACGUGCAUUAGGAGAGACAGACCUGAACCCGGUUUCUGGUAUCGGAAAAAUAAGCCAGAUACUAGCAGGCGGAUUAAUGCCUGGUGCAAUUGUAGCAAAUCUAAUUGCCGGAGGUAUUGCUGAAGCAGGUGCUCAACAAGCCGGAGACCUUAUGCAGGACCUAAAAACAGGAUACCUUCUAGAUGCGUCGCCCAAAGCUCAAUUUUACGGUCAACUUAUCGGGUCCCUUUUCAGUUCAUUUGUUUCAACAGGAGCUUACUUAUUGUACACGUCCGUCUAUGUCAUUCCGGGGCCCGAAUUUCCUGUUCCAACCGCACAAGUAUGGCUUGAUAUGUCCCGACUUGUCAAUGGACAACCUUUGCCUGACCAUGUUUUAGAAUUUAUCCUUGGGUUUGCUAUUCUAUUCGCUUUUCUUGUGGUGAUAAAAGAAACAGGAGGCUCAGAUAAAGGUUGGCGUCGUUAUAUACCUCAAGGUAUUGCAUUUGCGAUUGGUAUUUAUAACCCUCCUAGUUUCACAUUGGCUAGAGUUAUUGGUGGCUUUAUUGCUUCGGCUUGGGAAAGCUACUGCGAUUCGGACCGUCAUAGUAGUGGCUGGUGUAAAUCGUACAAAAAAAUCGGGCAUGUGUUGAUUGUGAUUGUUGCCAGCGGAUUUGUAUUAGGGGAAGGUACUUUUGCUAUUGUCAACAUGGCACUUCAUGUUCUCCGUGUUCCCCAUUUUUAAAAUAGAAAUGUGUAUAUUUAGUUGAUUUGUUACAUAAAGAUUUUACCUUGCGGUAGUGGUUGUGAUUUAAUUGUCAAAGACAUUUCCAAUAUGCAGAUUUUUUGUCUAUAUGAUAACAACUAAAAGCUAAUGAUGUUGCCGUAAUUUAUAAAG